UGGGGUUGUCCACUGUCGGGUGAAAGGUGAACAGUGUGUUCCAUAGAAACGUGUUUGAUCUCUGUUGACUACGUUGUCAUUUAACAGCUGGAAUCCACUUUGAAUAAGUGUACCACUGUCGAUUGACAUCUUUCUAACUGUUUCAUGAGAGCGCAUUUGAGCGUCACAAUUUUCAACCACUUGUCAGGCUAUUUUUGUGGGGUUCAUUUAAUUGAACGGUAUAAUGUCCACAGAGGAGACGGAAAAAGCAACCGAUAGUGGCACGGAUGACGAAGAAGAGUGGCUAUAUGGAGAUGAUGAUGAAGAACAAAAGGACAGUUGUGGGCCUGUCUUAAAUGUUACAGUGACCACGCGUCAUGACACAGAUGUACUCUCAUUGGCUGAGGGACAGGUGAAUGAUGGGAACGAUGUGGCAAAUCAGCACAAGAGUGAAGAAGAAAGUGAUAGUGAUAGUGAUGAUGAUGACGUUUGUGUCACCAUUGGUGACAUCAAGCCAGGGGGAAGUGAAAACACGGCCUUUGGAACCCCGGCUGUGAAUUUCAACACAAAGACCUCAGGAUGGACGCUUGGCUCAGGGGGCAAGAGCAAAGGUGUGGAUAUGAACGCCGAGGGGAGUGUGAAUGGAACUCCCCUGCUGGAGGUGGACGUGGAGUCCUUUGAUGAGAAGCCAUGGAAGAAACCAGGUGCGGACCUCUCUGACUACUUCAACUACGGCUUUAACGAGGAGACCUGGAAGAUCUAUUGUGACAAACAGAGGAGGCUUCGUAUGAGUCUGGAGGUCAUGAGUUUGGGAUCAUCUAAAACUCUGGGUCGAUCAAGUCACCAUAGUGACCACUCCAAGUCUGACAGCUUCUAUAUUUCGGCUUCCAGCUCGUCAAGGAAGUCGAGCAACUCCAUCAAUGUCAUCGGAGGACAGUCGGGAGCCAUCAGCCGAUUAGAAGGGCGAAGAAGACACAAUGCUGAUGGAAAUGUCAUCCAGGUGAUCUCAAAGCCGUCCUCUGAUGGUGAGAGCACGCCCACCAAGAUGCCUUUCUUCCCUCCGAACAUCCCCCCUCCCCCUCUGCCCCCUCCCCCCAGUCAUUGCUCCACCCCCUCUCUCAUCCCUCCGCCAAGGCUUCCGAUCAGUGUUCCUCCACCUGGUUUCCCUCCCCCUCCAGGUGCUCCCCCUCCCUCUCUGAUAACGUCACUGGACAGACUGCUGCGCUACAGAAGCAGGAGAUCCAGUGGCAGGCACAGCAGGGAAGAGCGCAGUGACAGAGACAGAGAGCGCAGCCACUCCCCCAUCAGCAGAAGCUCAUACAGCAGCCGCUCCGGAGGAGGCUACGACGCCCGCUCCGCCCCGCCAUUCCCCUUCCCAGCAGGUGUGUACCCACCCAUGCUAGGAGGCAUGGCGUCAUGGCCAGGGCUGAUUGACAGCGGCAAGGCCUGGGAGUACUACUCCCGACGGGACAGUGCCCGGGAACGCGACAGAGAGCGCGAGAAGACCCGAGAGAGGGGACACGAGAGGGAGCGGGAGAGAGAGCGGGACCGGGAGAGAGAAAGAGAGAGGGAUAGAGACAGGGAGAGGGAGCGAGAGAGGGAGCGCAGCCACUCCUCCCCAUCACACCAAAGUGAUGAGGAACGUCAGCGUCAAAGGGACCACAGUGAGCGGGGACACGACAGGCAUCGUGAGCGGUCCAGUCGGGAGAAGGAGGAGAGACACCGAGAGAGGAGACAUCGGGACAAGGACGAGGGACGACACAAGUCCUCACGCAGCAGCAGCAGCAGGAGGAAGAGGCACAGCAGUGAGGAGGGUCAGGUCCACAGGCGGUCCCGGCACAAACGGCAAAAACGCAGCAGCCGCGAGACCAAUGAGGAACCGCCCCGCACCAACCAGGAGAGCCAAUCAGAGGCAGCCGAGUGACAUUCCAGUCAGCAGUUCGACCAAUGAGAGAGUCCGGGAGUCACUCGCCUACCUUUGGCUCAGCCAAUCAAAGCACACGCUCAGUGCGAGCCAUAUUCUUUUUCUGUUACAUUGCCAGCUCCAAAUGAAAGUAUAAUAAGUUGAAGUGUGCGUUAUAAUUUAUAGGAGAUGAAAAGAGGGAGACGAAAAACUUGAAGAUCAUUUUUAAUUUAUUUAUUUAAUUAUAUUACUUGAGCCCUGCUCUGAUGUGCCAAAACUGUUCAGGGGUAUUUGUAAGUUAUUAAUACCUUUGUUUUACCCUUAGGAAGGAUGUAGAUUUUGUUUAAUUACAAAGAUAAUUAUUUAUAAAUGUUUUGAUUCAA